UAGCUAAGCACAAGCAGAAGCAGACUGCCAGCCAGAGUUGUGUAGUGUCACUUGGCUCUAUGUUCAGUUGUAUUGGUCCUUCAUGAAGACGUUAUAUCAAAGUUGAAGGAAAUGAUUAAAUCAUAUUUUGUUGUAUAGCUUGGCUUUAUGAAUAAAUGAUGAUGGAGGAACGUCUAUUGGAAGAUGUUUUAUCCGUCCACCUCCGUAGAGAAUUAGUUAACAGUCUGAAUACAAAUGACAAGUGGAAUCGUAUCAUUGAUGGACUGAGAACAUACAGAAUUCCAGUGUUUUUAAACGUAGACAGAAUGAAUGAUAUGAUGGCCAGAGGAAUGAAUCCUGCAAACUGGGUGCUGGAGGAGUUGUUUGAUCGAAUGUGUUCCUUUGAUGAGUUCUGUGUCAUGUUGAGAGAAUUUGAUUUGUUGGAAGAGUUGACUUUGUUAACACCUGCUGAACCCAUGGUGAUAGAAGUUCAGCCAGGAAAUGGGGAAGAUGUUCGAAUUGAGAAUGGUGAGGUGUUACAACUCACGUGCAUUGCCUCAGGCCUGCCACGUCCUACUUAUCAGUGGUACCGAGAUAACAGGCUAAUCCCUGGACAGACAAGUUCACUCCUCUCGAUACCUUCAUUCACUGAGGAGCUAAGAGGUGUCUACUAUUGUGUGGUGAAACAGGAAAUACGAGGCCAUAUUGCUACGCGUAAUUCGAUUGAGGUGACAGUGGAUAGGCUGUCUAAGCGGCCAAUUCUACUGAGUAACCUACCUCGAAUACGCUCGGUACUGCGCGGCCAGACACUGCUUCUCACCGUGCAGGCCGAGGGUUAUCCCGAGCCAAGGUAUGAGUGGUACCGUAGUCCUCCACGGAGUGAAGACGCUGUAAAUGAUUGCUUUAUGCCAAACAUUGUACUCGACAAUGAAACUUCCAAUGCACUUGAGGUGAAAAACAUAGGAUCACAAGAUGAAGGCGUGUAUCGAUGCAGAGUGUACAAUGAAGCUGGAGAAACAUUCAGCAUUAAAUGCAAUUUGUCUAUAUUUGAUCGCCCUCCUGACUAUAUAGCCAGUGCCAAGAUAGCUUUGUUGAUUGGUAAUGAGGACUACAGAGACAGAGAGCUACAAGGUCUGCAUGCUCCCAGUAAUGAUGUGGCAACCUUGGCAGAGAUCUUGGAGGAUUUAGGCUUUCAUGUCAUAGCCUUGCAAAACUUGACAUACUCGGAGAUGUCCAAUGCUUUCAAAUGGUUUUGCAGAAUUCUACCGGAGAAUGCAUAUGCAUUUUUCUAUUUUGCCGGCCAUGGAUUCUCUAAGUUAGCAUCUAAGUUUAUGAUGCCUGUUGACUGUCCCAAAGAUGAAAUUCGACUUAACGAUUGUUUAUGUGAUGAGCAACUGACUCAGAUAUUAUCACAAGGAAAUCCACUCCAGCUUCUGGUAAUGCUUUUUGACUGUUGUCUCAUUGAGUCAAGAGACUUGUCAAUUGGAAGGACAGAGUUUGAGCAUGACCUAGGAAACUGUAACAUUGUUUUGGGAACAGCAACAAGGAACCAUCAGAAUGCUUACGAGAGUAACAAGGAUGCAAACGGAUUGUUCGUCAACCAACUAAAAUCUCAUUUAGCAGAAGAGGUACCUGUUAUCGAAGUACUUCGGGCCAAUCAAAGAGAAUUCCGUGAGAAACAACAGCAGCCUACAAUAUUUUUUAGUGGAGCUGAUAACUGCAGUCUUACAGAUCCUGUUAAAGAUAAUCCACAACUACAAGAGAAACUCCGGUCUGAGCUCAAUUUCCAGAGUUACGAACAAGAGAUAUACUUCAGUAAAACUAAUGAACAUUUUAAAAUUCAUGUAAGCAAGCACAAGAACUGCUUUCUGAAUUCCAUUGAUUUAAGAUUUCCAGACGACUUUGCAUAUAAUUUCACUGUGGAGGUCAAUCCAUCUGACGUUAAGUUGAAAGUGAGGCAGAGGGUAGUGACAGUAUACAAUAUACAGAAAGUAAAGUCAUCAUUGUUUGUGACGGUGAGCAUUAAUGGGCUAAGACGGGCAGAUGAUGGGUUUGUAGCUGGUCCUCAUGAUAUCUACCAGUUCACCGUGGACUGCCCUAUCAUAACCAAGGGACAGCUCUGGCACCAGAACAAUGUGGAAUCUCACUGACUCUACAAAACCUGUAAGGAUUUGAAGCUACAGCUCUUCGCUGGACUGUGAUUAUAGUGCAAUUCCAUACUGAUAGCACUAGGCAGGUUAAUUCAGCACAAUUCAAGAUGACUAUGGGUCCAAUGAAUAUAUCCUGAGGAUUAUGUUAUUGUAAAUAAAAAGAUUUUGUAAUUUUAAAUUGUUUGUUAAGAGUAAAUAUGUAUAUGUAUUACAUUUGAAUCAAAUAUAUUAAUAUUGUAUGUA